AUGUGGUGUUCUGUCCGGGCUCGAGCCAACACGACCCAUAUUCAGAAGGCGAAUGGCGGUGGCCCAGUCACUGGUGCUCCCAUCAGUCCGUUUAAUGCCGCUGCUAGUGUUAAUAUGGCAAUCUGGCUUUUCUUUGAGGUGUGGUUGGCUAACAUGUUCCGCGCAUUUCGACCUCAGUAUUUCGUCUCAUCCAUAGUAUUUUCCAUCUUCAUCCAAGUUGCAGCUACCUAUGGAACUCGCCUUGCUACUAUGGAUGAAGUUUCAUCUUUAAUCAAACGCUUGACUCAGGCGUUUUUUGCAGGCUUUGGACUAUCCGCCGCGGUCAAUGUGUUAAUUCUUCCGUUCACAUCUCGAAAGUUGGCCGUUUUGCGCAUAGGGAAUAAUUUUUAUUCGAUACAGAAAGCACUUAAAGCCCAACGUCAUUUCAUGCAAUCCCUGUCCUCCCGUGAGUGGUUUUCUGUGCUGGAAUCAGGCGACGUCCAAUGCAACUCUCAGCAGAACACAAUAUCAUGGCCGGAAGCAGAUUCGCUGAAAGAUGCAAUCAUGGAUAUUGCCAAGGGUUUUGCAGAGAUCAAAGCAGAGUUGCGCUAUGCAAAACGUGAAGCUGGUUGGGACCAUUUGGGGCCGAAGGAACUGGUAGAGCUUACUCGCUUACUGAAGAGCAUACUAGCGUCGAUACUAUGGAUGAAAUCUCUCAUUGAAGUCGCUACCCGCAUUGAGAAGCGAGGAGGUUGGGACUAUUUCAGAGGAGGGUCCGGUAUUUCUCAUCCAGUGACUGGUGAGGUGGAGAAGCAGCAGUGGAAUUGGAUAUUCGAACAGACUCUCCGUCCUACAGAGCAACUCUCGCAAGCCAUGGAUGAUGGAAUCGACCAUGUCGCGUGCUCUCUUCGCUUUCGGAAGUCGCCUGCCGCGUCUAGAUCAGACCGUGAAGCAAAUGCAGAUGUCGCAGCCAAGCAGCUGGAGCAAAUGAUUGGAAAUUACCUUAAACAGCAACAAGACCCACUGAAAACCUGGCUCUCUUGGAAAGAUAUGGAUAGCCCGUUUCAAGUGGAAGCACUGAAGAGCGGUCAGAAGCCAGCAGACUCUCAAAUACGUAAGCGGCAUCAACUUCAGCUAUACUUUCUCCUCGAUUUGCAAUAUUCAUUUGUUGAAACCGCGAGAAGGAUCCUGGAUCUGGUCAGAUAUGCUGAUUCAAGGGUCGUUGAUGGUGUUAUGAAGAAAAAAAGACUCAUCAUACCAACGUGGAAACAAAUGAGAAAAUGGUUCUGGGCUUUGCUAGCUAGGGAAGAUCGAGAGUUGGAUUACCAGAAUUACACCAGGCGCUCCGGCACUGUCAGGGUAUACCUUGAUGAUGUUCUCCAGACUGGAACGGAUGCAGAACACCUCCCCUCUGAGACAGUAUGGGAGAAGGUCACUGAUAAAUUCCGGAUCGUUCUUCGUUUAUUUGGCUCUCCUGAAUCCUUCUUCGGUUUCAGAGUCGCCGUGGCCACCAUGACCAUUGCCAUUGUUGCCUUCCUCAGAAACUCACAGAUAUUCUACAUCCAGCAACGUCUCGUCUGGGGAUCGAUCAUGGUUGCAAUUAGCAUGACAGAAACAACUGGAUCUGGUAUUUACGGGCAAUUUGAGAGAUUGCUUGGAACGGCAGCUGGGAUGGUGUUGUCGUACAUUGACUGGUAUAUAGUUGACGGACAGCCAGCAGGGGUCAUUGUCUUUUUUGGCAUCACCAUGGUCUUGUCCAACACUCUAUAUUUGAAGCUACCAACUGAUCCAGUCUUGCCAACUAUAACAAUGGCCACCGUGUCCUUGAUUGUGGGCUAUGCGCUUCAGACCAAGAAAGUCGGUAUUGCAGGCUCUGAAACCAACCUUCAGCAAUAUCAUCCACUGUUCGUGCUUUCACCUUACCGGCUAGCUACCGUCGUUGCUGGCGUCGGGGUUGCUUUUCUGUUUACGAAUUUCCCUCAUGGGGACAAGGAGAGUCCGGAGAAGGUCCUGGAGAAAGCUCACGCUAGGAUGCUUGCGAAGGAAAUUGUUCUUCUCCAGGGAAUGAAGCACCAUAAUACAUUCCUUGCUUGGGAACUUACAAUUGGAGGAAGGUUCCCGCAAGAUACGUAUGCCAAGUUGGUUCAGCAUUCACUGAAUAUGCUCUGCUGCUCGGAAAUAGUGGUGUCUAUCGCUAAUUCAUUGGAGAGCGUACUCACUAUCACCGACUCCGAGUUCUCCGAAACAUGGUUAGGAUGCUUCAAGCAACUAAGCACCACCUUGGAUUCAAGAUCACGGGAAGUAGCAUCGCUCCUCCACACUAUCUCAAGUGCUAUACUGGACGAUAAACCGAUCCCUUUCUAUCUCAAAGCGCCAAAACCAUGUCCCCUUACCGAGCUUAUCACCGAUCUCGAUGGGGGUCUUUUCAACGUGCAGCGUGUCUGCGAGCCCACCUACUCCGCGUUUGCAGCGAUGGAAAUAACCAUGGCCCUCAUAGCAGAUGAUGCGUCUCAACUGCUGUCUGAGACAAAGCGACUCGUGGGAAGGUUAGACUUCAUCAAAGAUUAUCCUACGAGCGCGAGUGGGCCGUUCGCUGAUAGCGAGCCAUAUCAACGGAGUGGAGAAAUCUUGGGAAGUUGA